ACUGAUUAGUGUUUGGCAAUUUUUUCAAAAACAUUCCUUUGCACUUUCAGUUUGUUAAAAAUUAAAAAGGAAUUAAAAUUUGAAAUCUUUGCGAGUGUUUCAUCGAAUAUUUUCUAAUGUUUCACUAAUACGGUGCUAAUUGAGCUGUGCAACAAAAUGUCCGAAGUUAGAGCGAAGAAAAUCCUUGCAGAUUUAGUGAAAAAAUCCGGAUGCACUUAUUCCGUAGACAAUGUCCUGACCAUUUUCCGCAACAAGGACGCCAAGUACAGUAACAAACGGUUAGGCGCGCUUCUAACGCAAUUAUUCAAGACCACUCCGAACGGAGCAAAGUAUGUGGAUGAGUUUGUAUCGUCCAAUCCGAAGGACUCGUACGCAGCUUUGGUUCUGUUGCUGAACAACUUCCUUCAGGACUGCAAGAACCUGCAAGCGGAAAAAUCGGCCACAGUUGCACAAACGCAGCCACCGGUCAUCGAUUCCGUUUCGAAGCGAGCUGCCAUGUUCGAGAGCCCUCCGCUGUCGUCGACACGAAUCGUUUCGGAGCAGCAGAUUACGCCUGAGAAUGUUCAAGAGAUUAAGGAAAAAAUCGUCAAGGCCACCUCCGGUUCGACGGUGAACCGUUCGUCGGGAUCCAUACCGGCGGCGUUGGUACCGCAAACCUUCGAAUAUACGGCCAGAAAGGGAACGAUCGUUUCGUGGAACUUCAACUACGAGGAACUGUAUCCGAUGCAGAAUAAAAACGUGGCCGCCAUCCCGCUGAGCUCGCAGGAGCCAAUUGUGAUGAAGGAACUGCUGGAUUGUUUGGUUGGGGUGAAAGGGUCGCUCAUAGUGCCGAAAAAGAGCAUUCGAACCAUAAGUUUGUUCCCGGUGGAAUUCGAGGUGUCGGAUCAGAUCGAAGAAUCGCUGCGGGAUAUUGUGCGAGAGAUUCUUCCUCUGGCGUCGCAUUAUUCGCAGGUACAAGAUUUUAUCACCGCAUCUAGUUCCCUUGAAAGUGGACAAGUUUUGCAAGCCCUGCGGGCUGCACUUCAAGCCAUCAUCAAAGACUACUAUCUCUCUAUAACGCAGCUGGAGGAUCUAUUCCUGAAGCAGCAACUUACGUUCCACAAGUUGCUGUACUUCCUGCGACCGGUGUUUCACACGAUGGAAGUCCUAGCGGAAACUGUGACCGCCAUCCGUCAGACAAAUUGUCGCGGAGGAACGGCACUAACACUCCUCUACGAUAAAAUAAUUGCGACAACGGGCGACGAAAAGAGUCGAAAGGUGCUGAUCCACCUGAUCGAAAUGGCUGCCGUGCCCUACAUGGAAAUGCUCCAGCUAUGGAUUUUCAACGGAGUGAUCCACGACACUCGUAAGGAGUUUCUAGUCGAGCACCACGCGUUGGAUUUGAACGAGAACGACAUGAUGGAUUACUGGGAGAAGCAGUACGUAAUCCGAACAGACAAAGUUCCUUGUUUCCUCAACGAAUACGCGGACAUCAUCCUCAGCACAGGAAAAUAUUUGAACGUAAUUCGAGAAUGCGGCAGCUCAGUCGACUAUCAGCAAAAAGUUUGUACGACUUUGAAGUACACUCAUUCCGAUCAUCAAACGUACAUAAAGGUCAUCGAAGAUGCUUACAAUUACGCUUCCUCGUCGCUGUUGAAUCUCAUUAUGGACAAGUACAACCUCAUGGGGCGGUUGUAUUCCGUAAAGCGUUACUUCCUUCUGCAGCAGGGCGAUUUCAUCGAUCAGUUCAUGGAUAUCUGUGAGGAAGACCUCAACAAGGACGUCGACGAGCUUCGCCCGAUGCGACUGGAGAAUCUUCUCGAGGUCACACUGAACAUGUCUUCCGCUCGCUACGAUGAGUACAAUGACGAUCUUAAAACUAUGCUUCUACCGUACGGAAUAGUAACUCAAAUUUCCAAAAUUGUCAAAACGGAAGACGUUUUUCUGGACACGCUUGGCGAUACAUCGCAACUGAAGGGGAUCGAAUGUUUCACCUUUAACUACAACGCCCAGUGGCCGGUUUCGAUCGUGCUCAACCGAUGGACCAUCUCCAAGUAUCAGAUGAUUUUCCGCCAGCUGUUCUAUCUGAAGUACGUCGAACGGAUACUGUGCCGCGUCUGGAUCGCUAACAAUCGCACGAAGCAGUUUGCGCCGCAAACGGCAAAGCUUUAUCGGUCGGCAUUUACUCUGCGCCAGAAGAUGCUGAUUGCCAUCCAGAGCUUUGAGUCGUACAUGAUGAUUGAGGUCAUUGAGCCCAACUGGCAUCAUUUCUACCAGAACAUCAAACAGAUCAAAAACGUUGACGACGUGCUCAAAUACCACCAGGACUUCUUGGAUCAGUGUAUGGAAAACUGUAUGCUAACCGAUCAGGACCUGCUGAAAUCCAUCAUCAACCUGUGCAACAUCUGUAUUCAGUUUUGCAAAUUUCUCGCGGAGGCACAGCGACACUUCGUUGAUGCCGAGCUCUGCUCGAUGCUGGCCUCUACCGACGAUUUUUCGCUGUCCUCCGAGUCGGACUAUGACUUUGCAUGCCAGCAGGAUGCCACCUCGAUGGAACCUACCGAAACGUUUUCCGAACGGGUAGAACACUUUCACUCCGACUUCACCAACCAAUUGAUGUCACUGCUGCGGAAGAUCACCGACAUCGCCACGCAAAACCCUUCACAAAAGUUCAUCAAUCUCAUCCACAGGAUCAACUUCAACUCCUACUACAGCGAUAACUUUGAUAGCUAAGGAGCAAACAUUACAUGAAAAGGUCGGUAAGAACCAUUUUAAACCAAUUCUUAUGGAUUCGUAUUGCCAAAGUGGUCGUAUCUACGCUUGAGUGGACACAAUUUUACGUUCCUUAAGAGUCCUUUUUUAACAAAUCUACAAAUUCAGUAAUUGAAAACGCUUAUUGCCAACGCUAGACAAUUAGUACGUACCUAGAAAAGGGAAAGUGUAUUUUAGAUAAUCUCAAUCGAUGGAAGGAUUUCGCCCCCAGUUUCUCAGUCGUAAAUAAUGCAAUGUCUCCAAUUACAAGUCAAAUGUACUACGA